UUCGGGUAAAUCUAAAUAUAUCAGCCGUGGAAAUAUCGAAUUAAACUGGAAUAAAGAGGCCUGACUAGAUCAGGAGUUUUCAAAUACUGACCAUGACAGACUAUCAACCAUCAAAGACAAUCAAACCGUUUACCUGAUUUUUGCAGACUGCGAAUUGUGAUGAAACAGAAUAACUGAAUAAAGUUGACAGAAUGCCUACAAAAACCAGAACAUCAAAACUGCAAAGUGCUGAACCAACCAAAAAGAACAAGCGGAAAAUCUCGUCCAAAAAGAGAUCAUUGAAUGUCAAGUCCGCCGAAAAAGAAGGUGACAUAUUCAGCGCAGCUGCUAUGGAGAACGUUUACUACAUCGCCCAUAAUGCAGUGGACUGCUUACAAUUCAGAGGAUUUGGCAGGUCAAAAGCACCAAAGAAAAAGGAAAAGAAAGGCAAACUACAUACAAGUAAACAUUAGAUGUCAAACCAUACUCGUGCCAAUACAUUUUUUCUCUUAUUUUUGUUUUUAAAAUCUGCGUAUUGCUUUUGGUUCAAUGAAGAAAUGUGCCCUCUAAGAUGUUCAGCAAUUUUGUAAAAUAUGACUGUUCAUUUGACACUAAAGUAUUUCCAAAUGAAUUAAGCGAUUUCAUCUCAAGAUAUGUAUCUGAUAAAAGCAUUUCCGUGUGGCUAAUAAUUCAUGUUACUUAAUUGAAUCGUCAGCCAAAAAUAUUAGCUGGAUUGUAUGUUUUUAGUUGUAAACCUAUAUUUUGUCCUAACGACUGUUUGUUUUAUAAACCUCGUCCAGUCCUUAUAUCAAUAUUUUGGAUUAACCUCAGUUGAUACUGUGAUACAGUAUUUCUCUUUGUGGGACCCGAGCAUGAAGCUGCUUUGACAGUCCCUUAGGCUCAGGUACACACAGACGUGCAUGCACAUUCACAUUAAAGACA